AUGUUAGCUCAGUCGCAUUUCUUCUGCAAGUCCUUCGAUCUGAUUCCGCCACCGUCUCAGGUGUCGCGGUCUACGACUUUUUCUCUUAAUUUGUCUUCUUCUAGAAGCAGUCGAUUCUCUUUUCUACCCUCUCCUGCAAGUGCUAAUCUGGUCUCCGGCGGCCGGGUCUCUUCGACCAUGGUAUCGAGCUCAAAACGGCCUGACUUGAGCGAAGAAUUUCAAUCGGAACUAAACGCCAACGAUCUGGAUCGAUUCGCUGCCGUGGGAAAUGCACUUGCUGACGCUUCAGGCGAGGUUAUCAGAAAGUAUUUCCGGAAGAAAUUCGACAUCGUCGAUAAAGAUGAUAUGAGUCCUGUUACAAUCGCUGAUCAAAUGGCUGAAGAGGCAAUGGUAUCCAUUAUAUUUCACAACUUCCCUUCUCAUGCUAUAUAUGGUGAGGAGAAGGGUUGGAAAUGCAAAGAGGAAUCUGCAGACUAUGUUUGGGUUUUGGACCCAAUCGACGGAACAAAGAGCUUUAUCACUGGGAAACCCGUUUUUGGUACAUUGAUAGCUCUGCUCUACAAAGGUAAACCGGUAAGAUCACCAGAUUCUGUUGUUGUCUAUAAGCUUCCUAUGUUUGUGAUUCUAGGAAUAAUUGAUCAGCCUAUUUUAAAAGAGAGAUGGAUAGGAAUGAGUGGAAGAAGAACUAAAUUAAACGGGGAGGAGAUCUCAACGCGAUCUUGCCCAAUAUUGUCACAAGCAUAUUUAUACACCACUAGCCCACAUCUUUUUAGUGAAGAGGCAGAGAAGGCAUUUGCUCGAGUUAGAGACAAGGUCAAGAUGCCAUUAUACGGCUGUGAUUGUUAUGCUUACGCCCUUCUGGCUUCAGGAUAUGUCGAUCUUGUUAUUGAAUCCGGUCUAAAGCCAUAUGAUUUCCUUGCUCUGGUGCCUGUAAUAGAAGGAGCUGGAGGUACUAUAACCGCUUGGAACAGUAAGCCACUUCUGUGGGAAGCUUCAUCCACUGCAGUUGCUACAAGCUUUAAUGUAGUUGCAGCAGGAGAUUCAGACAUUCAUCAGCAAGCAUUGGAAUCACUUGAGUGGCAGUGA